UCGGAAUUUACUUUCUGAUUGGUCAAAGUUAAUGUGUUUUUGUUAUUGUGAGGGACAGUUGGUGAACGUUUGUGAGGUUAGGGGAGGCUUUCUACUGACGUUUGUCAAUUUGAACUGCUGUAGAGGCGAAUUUCUAGAGUGAAAGGGGCUGUUGAGGUCUUUUCUGGACAAAGAAAGCACUGAGGGUUGUCUUGGAGUGUUGAGAAACAAUGGCAACGAUGGCUGAGUGGGACAGCAUGGGGUUGGAGAGGCAGAGUGCCAGCCCAAAGCUGAUUAACAAGGCACCGGGCCUCGCCGAGGGGGUGGAUCAGUACCUGGAACCGCUUUUGAACGCAGUUUUAAUGGCUAAACCGUUUGGCAUUAAUCUAGGGGCGAUAGAAUUGAGAGAGGUUGCCGCCAGCUGUGGAGACGGCAAAGGGGACAGGUUCAGUAUUUCCAUACCGUACGCCAAUCAGAAGCUGGAGUGGGUGAUCAUGUUCAACUCGAUAUGCCCCGACGAGGGGCCAGACUUCGAAUUCUCUGACAAGUCAUUCCUCGCUGAUCCAGCUUCACAGAUUCUCGAGGAAUUCGUUCCCAGUCUGUAUCGAUGGAAUCACCUCGAGCCCGAUGCACUGCUGAGGGUACUGACUGAGCUGGUUAUGCACUACAAGAGGCACCAGAUCGACCAACUAAAUCAAUUAAGUGAUCGUCUGAAGAUGGAGUACACAACCCUUAUCUCCGAGACAGAUAUCUGCAUGGAAGACGUAGAACUAAUUCUCCUCCCUGACAGCAAUCAGCCCGACGAGGUGCACUUUCUGAUUCGCAUUGCCAUAGACUUCUCAAGGCUCCCAGGAAAGCACACGGUCCUCACCAACGACGCCGCAAUGCUUCUGGUGACCUUCCAUGGCCCUCACUGGAAUCGCAUCACGUCUCACCUGUACUUCUCCAAAAAUCUGGAGGAGACCAUUGGCAGUGUCAGCAGCCUCCACCUACCCGGUUUCCCUGGGGAGAAGAGGCUCAUGGAGUACGUCCCCGAAGUGAAGAAAUGUAUAAACGACAAGAUCAACUUAAUCGUCGUCAACUUCGAGAAGAAGAGAGGCUUCAUCGAGGCAUUCCUGUGUCUUCACCGUCGAAGUGUCCUCGAGUACGAUGCUGUUGCUUUCAGUUACAUCGUCUGUCUGUUUCACCUUCAAGACUUCCACUUUCUUCUGUCCUUCCAGCUCACUGCGACCUUCCCAAGAGAUCCUCCGAGGAUUAUGAUGGAGUCGAUUUAUCACAUGACAUCUAAAACAGAACUCUUUAAGCAAAUGUUGGGUGAUACUGUCCCGUACAGCCCUCGAUGGGAACCAGAGAUGAUGAUCACCAAAGCUCUCAAUCAUAUCACCAAGGAGGAGAUCAACAAGUUCAAAAAUAUCUCCAUGAAACAGAGACGUUGAUAUUUCCUUCUUUAUUCCUUUGGUCCUUGUCAACGGGUGAUUGAAGUUAUUAAUUCUUAUGUGAUUGAUGAAUAUAAUAAAUAUAAGUUGAGAGUAA